AUGAGUGAAGUCCAUUGGUAUGUUCCAGGAGUAAGCCAUCACAAUCCUAAAUCUCUGCCAAAAGCAAAAAAUAUUUCACGAGAUUUUGAGCACAUUUCAGGCACUUCUAAAAGAGACCAUCUAGCAAUUGCAUAUAAUACAGUCAAAGAUUUAUAUUUUCGACGAUCUUCAACAAGCUUAAAGAACUAUAUGAUAAUCCAUACUCAAAGGAUUGUCAAUGAAAAACUUGAUGCAGCUGGAUUUAUUACCUGAAUUUCGCCAUAUUGGCUGUAUACCUCUAAAAAGGUCUUAAAAAUUCUGCAUAUAAGUGCACGCUGGCUAAAAAUUAAUUAAUUAAGAUUAAAGCUGGAUUUCAUAACUUUCAUCGUCUAAGCGACAAUGAAAGAAUCGAUCUCGCAUUGACUCAAAAUCUCUUGACAAUCAGCACAGUGACACAUCUCCAUCAGCUGCAAACCGAAUCCAACCCCCGAGCCUUGGUCUCAAUUUUUAUCAACUUUCUCCGCGAAAUUCAACCAUCUCCUCUAUAUUUUGAGCCCCUGAUAACUUUAUUGUCAAGUGAUUCAAAAAUCUUCCCUGAAGAUGAAGAAAUAAGAAAAAUCAAUAGAAACGUAGUUAGGCGUAUCUAA